AUGCCCAACUAUGCAAGGUUUAUGAAGGAUCUAUUGUCAAGGAAACGUAAGUUGCGAGAAUAUGAAACAGUAAAUUUGACGAAGGAAUGUAAUGCUAUCAGCAAAAAGAAGUUGCCUACCAAAGUCAAGGAUCCAGGGAGCUUCAGCAUUCAAUGCACUAUAGGCAAGAUGGAAGUAGACAAUGUUUUAUGUGAUCUUGGAGCUAGCAUCAAUGUCAUGCCACUCUCAAUGAUGAUGAAGCUGGGGAUAACCGAAGUGAAGCCCACAAAGACAAUAGUGCAACUGGCUGACCGCUCUUCAAAGCAAGCUUAUGGUAUCAUCGAGGACAUAUUGGUUAAGGUAGACAAAUUCAUCAUUCCUGUCGAUUUUGUCAUCCUUGACAUUGAAGAAGAUGCCACAAUUCCUAUGAUUUUUGGAAGACCCUUCUUGGAAACUUCUGGAGCAGUGAUUGAUGUGCUAAAAGGCGAGCUGAUAUUACGGGUAGACGGAGAGCAAGUAACUUUCAAGUUCUUUGACAAAGAAGUCCCUUCAUCUAUAGCUCAACCGGAGGAUCAAGUCUACUACAUUGGUGAAAAGAAAGGUGAAGAAGAACACAAUGAAGAGUCUUCUCGAGAAAGCAAGCCAAAAGUUAAAAUGGAGAAACCUAGUAGCGAAAAAAAGCAUGUAAAAGUCAAGUUCAAAGUUCCUGACACUACUUUACCUCAUCCAUAUGCAGACGAGCACUACGGUAGGACACAAUUUAUGAACGAUGGACCUUAG